CGCUUUUUCAAUUGAAGCACUAUUUUUUGUAAUCCAGAUAUCCGGCAACUCUGCAGGCUACUGUGGGAUUGAGCCACUCGCCAGGGCUGGCUUGAGCAGUGUACCAAGAUGCCUCGGCGCCACAAGAACAAAACUGAGGGCCAAAACAAGAAAAAAGUGUUGGAGCAUUACCAACUCCACCUUCACUUCAAUGGCGGGCAGAGGGACACUAAGAGUGCCAAGAAGGCAGCCAGAGAUCUAGAUGAGGUCAGAAGCAAGCAUGGUAUUGUCAAGGUCCUGCACGGGGAGGAAGAAUUCAGGAGGUUUCUUGAGGGGCCUUACGACACAGCGGAAGAGAUUACUGGCAGCUCAGCCCAGGAUCGAGGACUAUCUGAUGACGAAAUAAUCGCCCGACAUAGGAGGGAGGUGGAGGCGGAGAUGGCAGCGCAGGAAUUUAUGGACGAUCGAGUGUUUGAAGAUGGCGACUUUGACCCGCUGUGGCGUCACUCCAUGCCUGCAGACGAGUACGAGGAUUUCUACUCGAGCAUGAAGGGCAUGCCAGUGCCCGUUUGUGACCUGGAUGAGGAUAUCCUGGCGGCUCUGAAUGCCGAGGGCUGCACCUGGGAGCGAUACAUCCUGACACGGAACAUUGCCUACUGGUAGAUGCGCGGCUGAAGCACUGCUGCACUCCUAUGCUGACUUCGGGGCACGGCAAGGACUGAAGCCUUGGCCGUUAUGAAGCCCAAAGAUGCACUCAGAGGCAGGCGUAAACAGAGUAUUUGCAGUCAUCCCUGAAUGCCAUAUCCCCCGUGCUGCUUGAUUGGCAUCUUGCUAUUGCUGAAGUCCUGCACAAUAAAGUCAGUGUGAGCAGCUGAUGGCGAAACUUUGGAAUCAUUCGAUGUCACGGUGUCAUUCUGUGCGCUGGGACAUCACUCCCAGGUGCCAGUAUGUGUUUGGUUUUCAUGUAUAGGAUCGUCUCGAUGUAUGAUAUGUCUGAUUGAUCCAGGCUAUAUAUAUAAUAUAUAGAAAAUUGUAGUUUUCUUAGUGUGCACAUGUCGGAUCCGUUAUGGAGCUCUGUCGCGAUUGCCUUGAAUAUUCUGUGAUUACAUGGUGUGAUCCUGACUC